AUGCCACACUAUUAAUACUUGGCCUCAAGCUUCCAACCAGCAUUGAUCGUUUUCAGGUGACCGAGACCUGCUGUCUCCGCAGAUCAUUCGCUUCACAACAACAGCAACGUCACCAAGGUAAUACGUGAUGGCUCGUACCAAGCAAACUGCCCGUAAAUCCACUGGAGGAAAGGCGCCAAGGAAGCAGCUCGCUACCAAGGCAGCCAGGAAGAGUGCGCCCUCUACAGGAGGAGUGAAGAAGCCCCAUCGCUACAGGCCGGGCACUGUGGCUCUGAGGGAGAUUCGUCGCUACCAGAAGUCCACCGAGUUGCUCAUCCGCAAGCUGCCCUUCCAGCGCCUGGUGAGAGAGAUUGCCCAGGACUUCAAGACUGAUCUCCGCUUCCAAAGUGCUGCCAUCGGUGCUCUUCAGGAGGCCAGUGAAGCUUACCUGGUGGGUUUGUUUGAGGACACCAAUCUGUGCGCCAUCCACGCCAAGCGUGUCACCAUCAUGCCCAAAGACAUCCAGCUGGCCCGUAGGAUAAGGGGAGAAAGGGCCUAAACCUCUUGACAGUGGCAUGUCAAGACAAAUAAUCAUAUUUAUCAUACCUAACAAUUUUUUUUUUUGUGGACUUUUAUUUUGUAUUAUUUCUUGGGUAUUGAGUUUACGACUUUUGUAUCGUAUUUUAGCCAUCAACCAUUCCACAACCGAAUGGGUAGUUGUGUAGGAAUAUUUACCUGUUAUGUGGAUUGUUACUACAUGUAAUACAUCACUGCCCCUCCCUCCAGUUUUUGUGGGUCAUGUCCUCCAUCCAUGAUCGUGUCACACACAACCAUGUUGGCACCAUUGACCAUUUCUGGCACAAAAAUGCAGCUUGCCCAACAGAUCAUCUGUCUUUGACUACUGUUACACAACUCUUGGUGCAAGGAGCAGCCCUUAUUUUUCUGGACUGCUUUUUACAUGUUUUCCAACAUUGAACAAAACCCUGGCAGCUACAUUUUAAUAAUUGAGAAUUGUCACGUCUUUCUAUUAAAGUUCUUUAUGAGUAGA